AUGGUAGAAGAAAAUCCAAGGAAAUGGCACACAUUGCUACAAAAGGCAUUGUACGCUCACCGAAAUAGUAGAAAUACUUCUACUGGAUUCUCCCCCUACCAAUUAACAUUCGGGCAAGAUGCUGUGCUUCCUGCCGAGUUUAUUGUAUCUUCACCCAGGGUGGUUAAUACAACAACAUGUAUUGAUGAGGCAUAUGCACAAAGGAUGUGGCAACAACUGGAGGAUGUGGACACAGAUCGGUUAAAUGCUCUGGAUCAAGUGGUUAGACAGAGUGAGAUUAGAGCAAAAUAUUAUGGAAAAAGAGUGUCUCCAAAGGUUUUUGCAGAAGGAGAUUUGGUUUGGAAAACAAUUCUGCCUACGUAUAAGAAGGUGGACCAAUUAGGGAAAUGGUUCCCCAAUUGGGAAGGCCCUUUUAUCGUUCGCAGAGUAAUCGGAAAUGGAGCUUUUAUUAUUGUAAAUCAAGAACGAUAG